AUGGUAUACAACUAUAGUGGAACAUUUAUAUUCAAUGAUAUGAACUUUCCAAAUUUGGAAAUACUUUGGUUUGAAGAUAGCAAUAUCAAAUUCAUUGGUCCCUUCCCAGCAUCUUUAAAUACAAUACACUUGUAUCCUAACAAAUUUGGUUGGAAUAAUAAUCGUCAAGUUAAAGUGAACCAAAACCUUCCAAUAUUCCUUAAUAGUCUACUUUUAGGUGAUUGUUCCGUGAAAGCAAUUCAUUCAGGCAGUCAUAUGUCAUCCAUUGAACUUAGAAGAAUCAGAGUAAAAGAUCCAGAUCAAGAGUACAAUUUUGUAAAAGAAGUGAUAUUGAAGAGUUUAGUCAGUGGAACCUUGAAAGAACUUAGUCUUGAUUCAAUUUGGAAUUCUCGAAAUUUUUUGCUUGAUAUUGAACAAGAAAUAUUCAAAUGUCCUGAAGUUCAACCUUGUUGCCAACAAUUAUCGAAAGUUUCACUUACUGGAUUCUGUCCACCGUUAAGCAUGUGCUCCAAUUUGAAAAGCUUGAAUAUACUGAAAUUGAAUGACCAAAGUAUUUUUGAUAAUUAUAAAUUCCCGGAGAACUUAGAACGAUUAUCGUUGUCAUUCAAUAACAUUAAAAAUUUACUCCCGAUUGAUAAAAACAUUACUCUGGCAACAAAAUUAAAGACACUAAAUUUAGCUGAUAAUCCAAUUGACUGGACAUUGUACAUUCCAAAUUUUAAACGAUUUCAGAAUUUGAAAUCUUUAAAGUUGUCAAAUACAUCGAUUGGUGAUCAUUUCCCAAAAAUCACGUACCCUGAUUCUGUUGAAGAGUUGUCUUUAGAAGUCAAUAUGAUCAGAUCAUUACAGGAAGUUUAUUUCCCUAAAAGUUUGAAAAAUCUAGGUAUUGGUUCCAAUUCAAUAAAAACCGUCGACAAACCAAAUCUUCCGGCGGGUAUUGAAACCAUUCAUUUAACUGAAAACAGAAUAGAAAGUGUUGAUUUAAGUUGUAAUUCUCAAGGUGAGGAGUUAAUGAUUGAAAUAUUAUAUCUUAACUAUAACAAAUUAAGCAAGUUUGAUUGUAUUAAAUUACCUAAUCAUUUGAAGAUUUUAAAUUUUGACAACUGCAGAAUAUCAAGUGUUUCUGGUAUCGAAUUUCCUCCAACAUUAAUGGAAUUGGGUAUCAGUGGCUGUGAAUUAAAGAAAUUUGAAAAUGUGACAUGGGGUUCUUCGCAUCCACAAUUGAAAUAUUUAAACUUAUCACAGAAUCAAUUAACUGUCUUUGAGAAUAAACUACCUCCUUCUAUUGAAAUCCUAAACUUAUCCAUGAACAAGUUGUCUAGCUUACCCCUUUCUGUUCUUGAAAACUUGGAAUGUCUUAAAACAGUACACUUGUCGAGUAAUAAAUUCACAAAAUUCAACUACCAAUUCAAUAUCAUCAACAUCAAAACCCUCGAUUUGUCCUUCAACUCCAUCAAGUCAUUAAAUUUGACGUUCCCCAAGAAUCUCACAACAAAACUAACGGUGCUCAAUUUAUGUCUGAAUAAAUUAACCAGCUUGACAGCACAAAUGAUUGGUCAUAAUAAAGACCUAACCAUGCAUGAUAAUAUGGUUGAAAUUGAUAUGACAGAUAAUAAAAUCAAGUCUAGUGAAUUAACAAGUAGAUUAACUGAAUUUCCUAAUAACUUGCUGUGUUUUUUCAUUGGACAUACAGGAGAACAGGAUAGGUUUGGUUAUGAUCUUGCGAGAAAUGUCAUUGAUAAUGGGUUAUGUAGAGGUAAAAGAAUCGAUAUUCCAUAG